GUUGAGAUGGAUCUGGAAGCAGCAAGGAACGGAGCAGCCCAGCGCUCCAGGACUGUGGAGGGCGACUUUGAACUAGGCAGCAGCAGGUAUACAUCGCCACAAGCACCGGCUUUUCCGUUAUACCUGAGUCCUGGAAAGAAGUGGAGGAAAUCGGUUGAUACCUUCGGCCUUUGGGAGGCUUCUCUGGAAGCAGAAGUUCUAAGUGGCCUCAGGAAAGUCUCAGAGGCUCCUUUUGGAACAGGUUCAGAGAGAAGAGGCUAUCUUCAAAAGCUCCUGUCCUUCGGGGCAGGGGUGACUGGAUGAAUAUCGAGUUAGAAGAACUGACGGAUGAUGUUACUUCUAAGAGAAAAAUGUGGUUUUUGUCAUCUGGCAAUUUAGGCCGGGAAUGACAGUGAAUCUAUUAAUAGAUGGCAUUUUCAUGAAGAAGGCUAUUUAUGUAUUGCACUGGCUGAACAUUUGAUGAGUCAACCAAGACAGGGAAAAAAUGAAGAAAGUGAAUUUAAUUGGACCAAUGACACUGUUCCGAUACUCCGACUGGCAGGAUAGAUUGUUUAUGCUCCUGGGCACCAUCAUGGCCAUAGCUCAUGGAUCAGGUCUUCCCCUCAUGAUGAUCGUGUUUGGAGAAAUGACCGAUAAGUUUGUCAAUAAUGCUGGAGACUUUUCUUUGCCAGAGAAUUUUUCAUUGUCAAUGCUAAAUCCAGGAAGGAUUCUGGAAGAAGAAAUGACUAGAUAUGCAUAUUACUAUUCAGGAUUAGGUGCCGGAGUUCUUAUUGCUGCCUACAUCCAAGUUUCCUUUUGGACUUUGGCAGCUGGCCGACAAAUUAAGAAAAUUAGACAAAAGUUUUUUCAUGCCAUCCUACGACAAGAAAUAGGCUGGUUUGACAUCAACGACACCACUGAACUCAAUACACGGCUAACAGAUGACAUCUCCAAAAUCAGUGAAGGAAUUGGUGACAAGGUUGGAAUGUUCUUUCAAGCAACAGCCACAUUUUUUGCAGGAUUCAUAGUGGGAUUCAUCAGAGGAUGGAAGCUUACCCUUGUGAUCAUGGCCAUCAGCCCUCUCCUGGGGCUCUCUGCAGCUGUUUGGGCAAAGAUACUCUCGGCAUUUAGUGACAAAGAACUUGCUGCAUAUGCAAAAGCAGGUGCUGUGGCUGAAGAGGCUCUGGGGGCCAUCAGGACUGUGAUAGCUUUCGGGGGCCAGAACAAAGAGCUAGAAAGGUAUCAGAAACAUUUAGAAAAUGCCAAAAAAAUUGGAAUUAAAAAAGCUGUCUCAGCAAACAUGUCCAUGGGCAUUGCCUUCCUAUUAAUAUACGCAUCCUAUGCACUGGCCUUCUGGUAUGGAUCCACUCUGGUUAUAUCAAAAGAAUAUACAAUUGGAAAUGCAAUGACAGUCUUCUUUUCCAUCCUAAUCGGGGCUUUCAGUGUCGGUCAGGCUGCCCCUUGCAUCGAUGCUUUUGCCAAUGCAAGAGGAGCAGCGUACACAAUCUUUGACGUUAUAGACAAUAAUCCUAAAAUUGACAGUUUUUCAGAGAGAGGACACAAACCAGACAACAUCAGAGGGAAUUUGGAGUUCACUGAUGUUCAUUUCUCCUAUCCAUCUCGGACUAAUGUCAAGAUCUUGAAGGGCCUCAACCUGAAAGUGCAGAGCGGGCAGACAGUGGCCCUGGUUGGGAACAGUGGCUGUGGAAAAAGCACCACUGUCCAGCUGCUGCAGAGGCUUUACGACCCCACAGAGGGUAUGAUUAGCAUCGAUGGUCAGGAUAUUCGGAACUUCAACGUAAGGUACCUGAGGGAAGUAAUUGGAGUUGUGAGUCAGGAGCCAGUGCUGUUUUCUACCACAAUUGCUGAAAACAUCCGUUAUGGCCGUGGGAAUGUAACAAUGGAUGAGAUAAAGAAAGCUGUCAAAGAAGCCAACGCCUAUGAGUUUAUUAUGAAAUUACCACAGAAAUUUGACACCCUGGUUGGAGAGAGAGGAGCCCAGUUGAGUGGUGGGCAGAAACAGAGAAUUGCCAUUGCCCGUGCCCUGGUUCGCAACCCCAAGAUCCUCUUGCUGGAUGAGGCCACAUCAGCCUUGGACACAGAAAGUGAAGCUGAGGUACAGGCAGCUCUGGAUAAGGCCAGAGAAGGCAGGACCACCAUUGUGAUAGCUCACCGACUGUCUACAGUCCGAAAUGCAGAUGUCAUUGCCGGGUUUGAGGAUGGAGUCAUUGUGGAGCAAGGAAGUCACAGUGAGCUGAUGAGGAAGGAAGGGGUCUACUUCAAACUUGUUAACAUGCAGACAUCAGGAAACCAGAUCCUGGCAGAGGAUUUUGAAGUUGAACUAAAUGAAGAAAAGGCUACAAGUGGCAUGGCCCCCAAUGGCUGGAAAUCUCGAAUAUUUAGGAAUUCUACUAAUAAAAGUCAUAAAAGUUCACGAGCACAUCAGAAUGGGCUUGAUGUAGAAACCAGUGAACUUGAUGCAAAUGUGCCACCAGUGUCUUUCCUGAAGAUCCUGAAACUGAAUAAAACAGAAUGGCCCUACUUUGUGGUAGGGACAGUCUGUGCUGUUGUCAAUGGGGCCCUGCAACCCGCGGUCUCCAUCAUACUGUCAGAGAUGAUCGCUAUCUUUGGCCCUGGGGACGAUGACGUGAAGCAGCAGAAGUGCAAUAUGUUCUCCCUGCUUUUCUUGGGUCUGGGGAUUCUUUCUUUUUUCACUUUCUUCCUUCAGGGCUUCACAUUUGGGAAAGCUGGUGAGAUCCUCACCACAAGGCUGCGGUUCAUGGCUUUUAAAGCAAUGCUAAGACAGGACAUGAGCUGGUUUGAUGAUCAUAAAAACAGUACUGGUGCACUUUCUACAAGACUCGCGACAGAUGCUGCCCAAGUCCAAGGAGCCACAGGAACCAGGUUGGCUUUAAUUGCACAGAACACAGCCAACCUUGGAACUGGUAUUAUUAUAUCAUUUAUCUAUGGUUGGCAGUUAACCCUUUUGCUGUUAUCGGUUGUUCCAUUUAUUGCUGUAUCAGGAAUUGUUGAAAUGAAAAUGUUGGCUGGAAAUGCCAAAAGAGAUAAAAAAGAACUGGAAGCUGCUGGAAAGAUUGCAACAGAGGCAAUAGAAAACAUUAGGACUGUUGUAUCUCUGACUCAGGAAAGAAAAUUUGAAUCAAUGUAUGUUGAAAAAUUGUAUGGGCCCUACAGGAACUCGGUGCGGAAGGCACACAUCUAUGGAAUUACUUUUAGUAUCUCACAAGCAUUUAUGUAUUUUUCCUAUGCUGGUUGUUUUCGAUUUGGUGCUUACCUCAUUGUGAAUGGACAUAUGCGCUUCAGAGAUGUUAUUCUGGUGUUUUCAGCAAUUGUGUUUGGGGCAGUGGCUCUAGGACAUGCUAGCUCAUUUGCUCCAGACUAUGCAAAAGCCAAACUGUCUGCCGCCCACUUAUUCAGCCUGUUUGAAAGACAACCUCUGAUUGACAGCUAUAGCAGAGAAGGGCUGUGGCCUGAAAAGUUUGAAGGAAGUGUGACAUUUAAUGAAGUCGUGUUCAACUAUCCCACCCGGCCAAACGUGUCAGUGCUUCAGGGGCUGAGCCUCAAGGUGAAGAAGGGUCAGACACUGGCCCUGGUGGGCAGCAGCGGCUGCGGGAAGAGCACGGUGGUCCAGCUGCUUGAGCGAUUCUAUGACCCCAUGGCCGGGACAGUGCUCUUAGAUGGUCAAGAAGCAAAGAAACUCAAUGUCCAGUGGCUCAGAGCCCAACUGGGCAUUGUGUCCCAGGAGCCCAUCCUGUUUGACUGCAGCAUUGCUGAGAACAUCGCCUAUGGAGACAACAGCCGGGUCGUGUCCCAGGAUGAGAUCGAAAGGGCAGCCAGAGCAGCCAACAUCCACCCUUUCAUCGAGACACUGCCCCAUAAAUAUGAAACAAGAGUGGGUGACAAGGGGACUCAGCUCUCAGGAGGUCAGAAACAGAGGCUUGCGAUUGCCCGGGCCCUCAUCCGACAACCUAGGAUUCUACUGUUGGAUGAAGCUACAUCAGCUCUGGAUACUGAAAGUGAAAAGGUUGUCCAGGAAGCCCUGGACAAAGCCAGAGAAGGCCGCACCUGCAUUGUGAUCACUCACCGCCUGUCCACCAUCCAGAACGCAGACUUAAUCGUGGUGAUUCAGAAUGGCAAGGUCAAGGAGCAGGGCACCCACCAGCAGCUGCUGGCACAGAAAGGCGUCUACUUCUCAAUGGUCAAUAUUCAGGCAGGCACACAGAACUUAUGAACUUUUCCUGUUAUAGCAUAUUUUAAAAUAAAUCAUUUUACAACUUUA